AUGCAAGUUGACCUGGAUAAAACAAAUCGUGCAUAUUUUGUACUAAAUGCUGAAAAUCGGAAAUUCAUCCAACAAUACCCGAUCGGUGAUAGGGACCGGGUGUUGAGCACCUACCCGAAAUGUGGUGUAUCAUGGAUACAGCAUAUUAUCUGGCUAAUAGUCAGACAUGGCCAAUUGGACAGGGGUGCCCGACAAUCGUUUGAUAACUAUUACAUCGAUAUGGUUGGCCCGAAACUACUGGACACAGUUAGACGUGAUGACCCCCACGGUCGGGAUGUUAUAGUUAUCAAAACACAUAUACGAUCGGAUCGGCUACCGUUUCACCGCCGACGGACAAAAUAUUUGACAGUAUUGCGCAAUCCGAAGGAUGUAUGUCUAUCAUUGUACUCACAUAUUGCUGGCCUAUAUCCCCGUGUUUUCCGACUACUUGAGCCACUCGGGCUGUUUAGGCUAUACUUUUGGUUGUGGACAACCUUUUCGGUAGUCGACUAUUUCCAAUCGGCACUGUACUACUGGCGCCAGCGUACCGAUCCCAACCAUACGGUACUUAUCUAUGAGGAUAUGGUACGCAACCCGCGGGAUAAUAUCCGACGUAUAGCCCAGUAUUUAGGCGAUGACUACCUGAGCCGAUUGGAUAAACAGUGUCCGGAUGGGGACAGGGAUGAGCUACUAAUCGAUCGUAUUGUCCGCAUGUCGGCGGUCAAGGAGAUGAAACAGUUUCACGGCGAUGACAUACAUGUGCGCAAGGGUGUAGUGGGCACGUGGCGCGAUAGGCUAACACGUGCCCAAAGUGAUACAAUUGAUCGUAAGGCUGAACUCACGUGGUUUGGUACGGAAUUGGAAACACUAUGGGAACGGGAGAUGGAGUGGUAA